AUGAAGUUUCUGAAGCUGUUCUGCAUAGGACUGUUGUUGUGCCCUGUGGUUUGUCUCUUGUUAGAGACAGCUACUCCUCCUUCAGCUUUACAUACCUUUGAAGUGAAAGAAAAAGCAGGAUUGAAAUCAGGUGCAGUGAGUGUAUUUGCUGUUAGGAUGAAUGCUCCUGACUUCGAAAGACAAAAGACUCAAGUCUCAGGACUCCAGAGGUCUUGGAUAAGCAAGUUAAAAAAUCAUCUGUCACAUUUCUUCAAGAGCUCCAUACCUGUAGCAGCCAUUUUUGGUUUUUUUGUCACCAUAGCACUAAUGGAGGCAGCCAUAGAGAAUAAAGGACUUGAAGAGCCUCCCAAACAGUGGACAAUGGGCCAGAAAAGUCCUCCUAGAAUGCAGAAUCUGAACCUAAUCAAGGUCUACCUAGCAGGAUUCCAGAAUUCUUACUCUAUUGUGUCUCUCAUUGUUCCCCCUUUCCAAAUAGGAGUGUUUAUGAUGGUUACCAUUUUAUAA